AUGGCAACCCCAUUGCUAAAGAUUAUGCUAUAAUUGGCAAUUUACAACAAUCACCGGAUUAUAUGCACCUAUUUCUUCAGGAGGUUUUUUAUUGCCUUCAAUAGACACAAUAGACACUACUGCAAAUUUUAUCACUUGUACAAAUCCUUCCACAAGCUACAUUACAUUAAAUAAUAUAUAUCCAACUGCUCGAGAUUAUUAUGAAAGCACCUACUAAGAUGGGGAUUGGAUAUCUAUAGAUUUAUAUUUUUAGAGUACAUGGUCAUCUCAAAAUUUUCAAUUUACCAUAGGAUCAUUUUAAUAUACAUAUGCUUACAAUUCCCCAACUACUUAUCCAUUGAUAACUGGAUUUUGUGAUGAUACUCCUUUUUAAAUUAAGACUUUAAAUUUUACAUUAUCUUUAAUACCAAGCGAAAUUUAAAGUUCUAUUAUUUUAACUUCUUCUAAUACAAAUUAAGGAACAGUUUCAAUUAGAAAUAUCUAUGUCUCGAGAAUAUAAUGCUAUUCCAUAUGUACGGAAUGUACAGGUCCACAAUACAAUUAAUGUACAAAAUGCUAUUAUGGGCUCCCAACAAACAACAUUUGUCCAUCUUGUCCAUCAAAUUAAUACUAUAUGAAGGAGGAUGGAUGCAGAAAUAUUUGUGAUUUGCGCUCCCCAUUAUAUUAUGAUGGGUUUUGUUAAUAUUAUCUAGGUAAGUAGUUUAAUUAAUAUUAUUUAGUUCUUUAUAUAGAUUACGGUUAUCUUGCAUCAGAAUUCACAAAUCCUAUAAAUUUGAGAUGGUAGUUAAUAUACGACCCACAACAUAUAGAUACAACUCCAACUAUUAUUAAUCACAUCCCAAGUAUAUUUGGGAUAUUUAAGUUUAAUUCUGGAAUUUAUAGAUAUUUCACUAAUGUACCUGAUUAUUAGUAUUCAACUUAUUUUAUUGGAUUGAAAAUUUCAAUUGUCCUUUUUAAUGAUAUUCCAAUUAAUUGUGGCAUAUAGUUUAAGAUUAACAAUAUAUAUUAUGGAUCUAUUUAUAGAAAUACUUCUGGAAUUCAAACGGCUAAAUUCACAAUAUUUAAAACAUAAGCUUAUGAUUUGUAUUUAACGUAUUCAUCGGUUACAAGUUAUGAAUUAAUCUCAUAUCUUGACAUUCCAAAAUAAGCAUUCCUAGUUUCAGCAAUAGGAAAUUAUACGUAAACAUCAUUUAUUAAAUUUAGCGAUGGCACAGCAGGAUGGGGAAUGGCAUUUAUAUAAAUUAGUUCAGGUUAUUGUCCUUUAUAUUGUUAAUUGUGUGAAGUACCAUUUAUAUGUAAGACCUGUGUUUCUGGAUACUAUUUUUAUAGAGAUGGUACCUGCAUAAGCGAUUGCUCAUCUCCAUAUUAGAGAUUAAACGGCUCUUAUUGCUAUGAUUAUGAUGAUGAAACACCUUGUAUCUUAUAAUAUUAUACAUAGAUUCUUAAUAUUUGAUUUAAGAAAAUAUAGAUCAAACAGGUGACCCUGGAUAUUUCGUAAAAUAUACGUUAAUCUCUCAAAAUGGAUCAAAUUUUUUAAGAGGAUCAGAUAUCUAUUAUUCAUAUUGGUUUGUAAUUGCUAAUCAAUUGCUAAGCUGUUACUUCUCCAUUUUUGAUGACGUUAUUAAAACAUAAUAUGUUUUUAAAUAAUACUAAAAUAUUAAUUAAAUAAACUCUUGUUAAUUAAUAACAACAUCUUAAGGAGUAAUUUUUAUAAUGA